CUGAUGUUUGGGUAGUUAGUUGCAAGCAUGGAAAGGUUGAGGAUGAGAGGUUUAAGAUUGUGUUUACUCCUAAGUAUUCCUGCUUUAGUGUAUUCUGCUGCUACUCAUGAGACCAGGCGUAAGCGAAGUGUAGAUUACGGGAACCAAUAUUCUUCUGGUUAUACAUCACAACCUUCAUACUACGGACAUGGCUACAAUGGCGACUCCGACUACUGGAAUAGAUAUGAGAACUUUGUGGCCGGUCAGGCUCUGUUUGGACAAGACCUCGGAGUAAAGAGACCAAGAGUUGAUUACUAUGACGCUCACAAUAGCGAAUUCAUGGGAUACCUGAAAAACAAUGGUUUCUACGGAGCUUACGAUUCUCUUCGAUCCAAGGGGAAUGGUUUAUGGAAGCAGUAUGGUUAUGCUCUGUAUGGAAACAAGAACGGCAAAUCUUACAGAAAGAAGAGAAGUUUAGGAUAUGGAUACUCAACACCAUCAUCUUGGUACGGAGCACAGCCUGGAUAUGGGUCUUAUGCUGGGUAUGGUUCCAAGAACGGAUAUGGCUCUCAUGCUGGUUAUGGCUCUCCUAGUUAUGGCUCUCCUGCUGGUUUUGGCCCCAAGUAUGGUUCAGUUUAUGGAUCCAGAUCUAGGUAUGUCCCGAGGUAUGUUGGAUAUGAAUAUCCAAGGAAGCUGGCCUAUGGUCCUCCACCCCACGGUGAAGGCUACAGCAACCACAGAGCAGGCUAUGCUACUCCAACAGAGCACGGAGAAGGAUAUUCUUCUGCAGCAGGUUAUGGAGAAGAGCAAGAUCGUGAAUAUCAUGCCGGUCCUGAAGAUUACAGUUACACUGCGCAUCAAAAGUACAAUUAUUAUAUACCAAACGGCGCUAUCUAUACUGGGCAACAUGAUCCUAUUCCUAGUGCGUAUAUACCUUCUCCUAAACCUUCUAGUGGUUCUAAGCCUUCAGAUAGUAAACACAAAAGUAAGAGGUCAAUUAGCUACGGGGGCUACGGAGAUCAUGGUGGCUAUUCCGGUUACGGUGGCUAUUCCGGUUACGGUGGCUAUUCCGGCCAUGGUGGCUAUGGCAAGCGCCAUUACAGCAAUUACCCCUGGACCGGCGGCGUGUUUUAUAAUAAAAAUUUGAACUAUGACGCCUGGAAUAUUGGAAACAUACUUCAAGAUAAAGCAUCGCAUGGAUAUAAUAAUUAUGGUUAUUAAUUUGUGGUUUUAUGAUUUCAAUAAAUUUUACACUUGUA